UUCCGGUUUUUCUAGCUCAGCCUUUGGAAUCAGUCAAGUUUUGGGAGUCACUGCCGCUGCCGUCAACAUGUCGGUCCCAAGCUCACUCAUGAAACAACCGCCCAUUCAGUCUACGGCUGGGGCCGUCCCGGUUCGCAAUGAGAAAGGUGAGAUUUCGAUGGAAAAAGUGAAGGUAAAACGUUAUGUGUCGGGAAAGAGGCCAGACUAUGCCCCUAUGGAGUCCUCAGAUGAGGAGGAUGAAGAGUUUCAGUUCAUUAAGAAAGCCAAAGAACAAGAAGCAGAGCCUGAGGAACAGGAGGAGGAUUCAUCUAGCGACCCUCGGCUACGGCGUUUGCAGAACCGUAUUAGUGAAGAUGUGGAGGAGAGAUUGGCUCGACAUCGGAAAAUAGUGGAACCUGAAGUGGUUGGAGAAAGUGACUCCGAAGUGGAAGGAGAUGCUUGGCGCAUGGAACGAGAAGAUAGCAGUGAAGAAGAAGAGGAAGAGAUUGAUGAUGAGGAAAUAGAACGGCGCCGUGGCAUGAUGCGUCAACGAGCGCAGGAGAGAAAAAAUGAAGAGUUGGAAGUCAUGGAGGUGGAAGAUGAGGGACGUUCUGGGGAGGAGUCAGAAUCAGAGUCUGAGUAUGAAGAGUACACAGACAGUGAAGAUGAGAUGGAGCCUCGCCUUAAGCCAGUUUUCAUUCGGAAGAAGGACCGGGUAACAGUUCAGGAACGUGAGGCUGAAGCAUUGAAACAGAAGGAGCUGGAGCAGGAGGCGAAACGCAUGGCUGAGGAGAGGCGCAAGUACACACUCAAGAUUGUAGAAGAGGAGACCAAGAAAGAGCUGGAGGAGAACAAGCGGUCCCUGGCUGCACUGGAUGCACUCAACACUGACGAUGAAAAUGAUGAGGAGGAAUAUGAGGCGUGGAAAGUUCGGGAGCUGAAGAGAAUCAAGAGGGACAGAGAAGAUCGAGAAGCGCUUGAAAAGGAGAAAGCAGAAAUUGAACGCAUGCGAAACCUGACUGAGGAAGAGAGGCGAGCUGAGCUUCGGGCAAAUGGCAAAGUCAUUACCAACAAAGCUGUUAAGGGCAAAUAUAAGUUCUUACAGAAGUAUUAUCACCGGGGUGCCUUCUUCAUGGAUGAGGAUGAAGAAGUAUACAAGAGAGAUUUCAGCGCACCUACCCUGGAGGAUCAUUUCAACAAAACCAUUCUUCCCAAAGUCAUGCAGGUCAAGAACUUUGGACGCUCUGGUCGUACCAAAUACACCCACCUCGUGGAUCAAGACACCACCUCCUUUGACUCAGCAUGGGGCCAAGAGAGUGCCCAGAACACAAAGUUCUUUAAACAAAAGGCAGCUGGGGUACGAGAUGUAUUUGAGCGGCCAUCUGCCAAGAAGCGGAAAACUACUUAGAGUUCAACUAAUUCUUCCAACUGUGGGACACAAGGGGAAAUCUCAGCAUCUGGUCCUUGAUUUGUUUUUACUACUAUUUACAUGGCCCCUGUAUCCAGCCUGCUGAGCCUACUGCCAUACUUGUGACACUGGGCAAACCUAGUCUUUGAAGGUGCUUUGUGAGGUUUGGACUCAUGCUGAGAAACCUGCAGAAAAGCACUGUCCAGGUAGGAUUAGAGGCUCCCCACUUAGGACUAUUUCUGAGAAAUCUUCAGCUUCAUUACUGCUCUGGCUUCCCAUAUUCACUUGGGACUCUUCCAGGUUUCUUUUUCCAGCCCUUAGCUUGGGUUAGAAAAAUGGAUGGGCAUGUAAGCAGACAAUGCAUUACUUCUACCGUACAGGAAAUCUAAGCUCAUUGAAACCUGUUUUGCAUUUUUGGGGUAAAUUUUUCUAGAUGAACAUUACUUUUUGAUCCAUUUAUGUGUGUGUGUGUCAAGAAAUAAAAGAAUCAUACACCAA